AUGGCCACAUCCCAGCAUGAGAGCUCAGGCCUAGGCGCUGGCCCUUCUUUGUUUGGAAACAGUGAGGGGCCACAAGGAUCUGUAACCGUGGACGACGCAUCGCAAGCGCAGCCGUCCGGCGUCAACCGCGCGCCAUGUGGCGCUGAACAGCUGAUGGCCAGGAACGGUGGCGUGGAGCCGCAGCCCACCGGCAGCAACCAACCUUUCCAGGGCGACCAGGAGACCACGUCUAGUCCGCAGGGUGCCGAUGAGCCGCGUCAGUCCGUGCGUGGGAUGAAGUCGUCUCGCCUCAUCGUGGACACCGACCUCCUGAUCAGCGAGGUGAAGAAACGCCCGUCGGUGUACGACCAGCAGGAGGACGACUACAGCGACCGCACCAAGAAGCAGCGCUGCUGGGAGGAGAUCUGCGCCGUCCUGGGUACCGGGCUGGGAGGAGUGUACCCAGCUGGAGAAGUGCCGCAAGGCCAAAGAGAUCCAGACUCGAUGGAGGUCCCUGAAGGAUUGCUUCCGGAGGGAGCUGCACCUACAAAAGAAAGAAGCCCGGGGUGGUUCUUCCCCUGCGAAAAGGAAACGCUACAUGUUCUAUGAUCAGCUGACAUUCCUGGAGCCCAUGUUAAUGCGAAGAUCUACAUCUGGGAAAGCUUCAGACACAGCAGAUAGCCCCAAGUUCCGAAGGCAGCGACUCUGAGCCUCCCCAGAGCCCUCUACCAGAACGUAUUCCGCAAGUAUCUGACACGCCGCGGCCCAAGAAAACCAAGGGAGGGGCGAAGGGUUUGGGGGAUUUUGAAAGCCAAAUCAUAGACAUGGUUUGACUGUCUUAAGAAAAGAAGAGACAACGAGGCUGAUGAAGAUUACAACUUUGUCCAAUCUUUGAUUCCUUACUUGAAGAAAGUGCCAGAACAGAAGAAGAUUGACCUGCAGAUAGACAUGUUACGGCUGGUGAAGAGAUAUGUACAACCAGCAUCCCAUGGAGCACGUGAUGGAAUAGAGCGUGGGCAGCAUGAAUAA